UUGUUUCAUUCCCCCAAAACUUGGCUUUUUCGUUAAAAUCGACAUUUGUUUUGCAAUAUCUUGCUUCAAAAUUCCGACACAACGUCAUCAAAAGACAACUCUAUUCCACAGAGAUUGCACUAGUCUAAGAAAAGUACCAAAACUUCAAUAGCUCUGGUCGACCCGAUUUCUUGGGCAUUCUGAAAAUGCCGCUGUGUGUUCUGAAUACCAACCUCGCUGGAGACGCCGUGGUGCCAGACGUGGAGGGAAAAGUGGCGUCUUUCCUGGCGGAGCAACUUCAGAAACCACCAGAGCGUGUGAUGGUGUUUGUCCGUGCGGGGCAGAGGGCCACGAUGGGCAGCACGGCCCGGCCCUUCGUCCUGUGCGAGGUGUCAGCCGUCGGCUCCUUCGCCAAGGAGGAGCACAAGAAAUGCCACGGGGAAGCCUUGAAGAAGUUCCUGUCUGACAACAUGAACGUCCGCGAGGAAAGGUAAAGCCCCUAGUUGUUUCUCACACACGUCCCUUUCCCCGACCACCAAUCAACUUUGGUAGCAGUUUUACCAAAUUUACCUUUCUACAUUCUCUCUCGUACCGACAGUCUCAUAGCCGAGACCAAGGCCGUAUACGACGCCGUGGGCGCUCUCAAACCGGAGGAAGUCACUUUUGAGAACUCUCUUAAGGCCAUAGCUGACAGCGAUGUGGAGUACUCGACAUUCCGCAACAUGCUGGACUUCCCGCAGAACGUGUCUCCUGACAAGGUCAUCCGGGACACCAGCACCGAGGCCGACAAGAAGCUGUCAGAGUUCGACGUGGAGAUCAGUAUGCGUCAGGAUGUGUACGAUGUGCUGGUGACCCUACAGAAGAGUGACAAGUCAGCAAACCUCUCGCCGGAGUUCAAGCGCUACCUGGAGAAGCUCAUCAAGUAUGGCAGGAGGAACGGUCUCCACCUUCCCAAGGAAACCCAGGAGGAGAUCAAGAAGAUCAAGAAGCGACAGAGUGACUUGUGUAUCGACUUCAACAAGAACCUGAAUGAAGAGAAAACUGUCUUGGAGUUUAAAAAGGAAGACUUAGCUGGUUUGCCAGAUGACUUUGUGGACAGCCUGGAGAAGACUGAUGCCGGACUGUACAAGAUGACCCUACAGUACCCACACUACUUCCCCUGUAUGAAGAAGGCCAGGGUUCCCUCCACUCGGCAGCGGAUGGAGAAAGCCUUCCAGUCCAGGUGCCUUAAAGAGAACACGCCUAUCUUGGAAGAGCUGGUAGAACUAAGGCAGAAGAAAGCGUCCCUCCUUGGUUACCCCACUCACGCUGCCUUCAUCACAGAGAUGCGCAUGUCUAAGACAGCCGAGGCUGUCGCCUCCUUCCUGAGCGAACUCGGGGAGAAGAUGAAGCCUCUGGGCAAGGAGGAGAUGGAAAUCUUCCUCAAGUACAAGAAGGAAGAGUGUGAAAAGUUCAACUAUGAGUUUGACAAUAAGAUCAGUGGUCCAGACUUCCGGUACUACAUGAACAUGGUGGAGGAGAAACAGUACGCCGUCGACCACCAGAAGCUCAAGGAGUACUUCCCCAUGGAGGUGGUCACCAAGGGUCUGCUGGACAUCUAUCAGGAGCUGUUGGGUCUGAAGUUUGAGCAGAUAGAGAAUCCCCAGGUGUGGAAUGAUGAUGUGACUCUGUAUGAUGUAGUGGACUCUGCAUCAGGAGAAUUUGUGGGGCAGUUCUACCUGGAUCUGUACCCGAGACCAGGGAAAUAUUUCCAUGCAGCUGUGUGGGGUCUACAGUAUGACGUGGUUGAUGUAAAGUCAGGAGAGUUGCUUGGCCAGUUCUACUUAGACCUGUAUCCUCGAGAGGGCAAGUUCUCGCAUGCCGCCUGCUUUGGCUUGCAACCUGGCUGCUUGCUACCAGAUGGAAGCAGACAGAAAUCCAUUGCAGCAAUGGUUGCCAACUUCACCAAGCCCACAGCAGACCGACCAUCACUACUGCUGCAUGAAGAGGUGGAGACUUUCUUCCAUGAGUUUGGUCAUGUGAUGCAUCAGAUCUGUGCUCAAACUGACCUGGCUCACUUCAGUGGCACGAAUGUAGAGCGUGACUUUGUUGAAGCCCCGUCGCAGAUGCUGGAGAACUGGUGUUGGGAGAAGGAGCCUCUCCGCCGCAUGUCCAAACACUACAAGGACGGCUCAGACCUGCCUGACGAGAUGGUGGAGACGUUGGUGAAGGCGAGGAACGCCAACGCCGGGGUGUUCAACCUGCGGCAGAUCCUGCUGGGAACAUUUGACCAGAACAUCCACACAAGGGAAAAGGCUGACACUGCUGCCACCUUCAGUGAGCUGUCUACUAAAAUCUUGGGCGUGACACCGACACCAGGGACCAACAUGCCCGCCACGUUCGGACAUCUUGCUGGCGGCUAUGAUGCUCAGUACUACGGCUACCUGUGGAGUGAGGUGUACUGUAUGGACAUGUUCUACAGUCGCUUUAGGAAGGAAGGCAUCAUGAACCCUGCUGUAGGGAAGGACUACAGGGACAUGAUCCUCAAGCCUGGAGGAUCCAUCGAUGCUGCUGACAUGCUGCGGAACUUCCUGGGUCGUGAGCCACAGCAAGAAGCCUUCCUCAUUAGCAAAGGGCUGAAAGUCUAAUGCCUUACCAAACACUGUCCCAGCUGAGUCACCACUGUAUUGAAAAUACAUGUACUUAUGGUUACGAUGGCACACGUCCAAUUACCACUCAGGGAAUUUGCCAGUGUUCAUAUUGGCUUCCCCCAAUACUUGGUGCCCUAAACUGGAAUUUCACAACAGCUUGUGUGCAUUUAAUACAGUAACAGUAAAUACAGUAACUUCCUUCAAGACAUUUAUGACUGGUGAUAUUAUGUGAUAAUUACUAGUAUGAUGGUAUUAGAAUUAUGGAUGGUUUACAUUGCCACAGAUUUAUUGAGUACGAA